CUCCAUCCCCGCGCGCCCCCUAUCCGACGGCCGACCUCUCGACCAGAAUGCGCUGCUGUGCUGUUGCUUACUGAUCCUUGCAACUCGUGGCCCGGGGCAACUCGCCGUCGGAAAAUUUCCUAUCUCAGUAUUUGGUGCCGCCUAGUUACAUGGAGGAGUAUUUAAGCAGGAGAUCAAAAACAGCAAUUGGUUAUCUUAGAAGAGGUUCCGGCAUCUCUUCGAGAGAACGAAGUUCUCAAGAGACCACCUGUCAGAACACCGAUGGACAGGGGAGCCCAGCAGGAGUCAAUCCUGUGAAAACCAGGCUGGCUGAUAAUCAGGAGAGACCAAGAUAUUUGCAUGGUUCAUACAACUCUGCAAGCUCAACGGCCAUUUCCAGAAGAUUUUCCAAAGUUCCCCUUCGGAAGUUUGGUGAGGAGAAGCGAAGGCAGUCUUUGCUGGAAGGAAUUGACAUUGCUCAAACAAGUAGAAGAAAGGCCGAGGCCAAUAAUGUGGAGGGUAGUAAGAAAAUAGUUGCAGAGAAGCAAAGUUUAGGUGCUCCCAGGACCGGAACCAAAGAUGACCAACUGGGAGCACCUGACCCUGAGGUUUCACAUUCUGCUGGUUCUUCAGAUGUACCUGCUCAUACAGCUGAGUCCUUGGUAAGGAGCGCUUCACUCAGUUCUAGAACACAUAGGCAGAAGGAUAAGGAAUUGAAUUUAUGCAGACCUGGAUAUCCUUGCUCUUCGUCAUUUACUAACCAGCCUACUAUACCUAGAAUUCCUACCAUUGGCGCGCAGCCACCGAAUGGUCUUAGUAGUGAUGAACAGAGACAUCGACCACGUGGUCUUAAAAACCUUGGUUGCAGUUCAGUCUCCGAUGUUUUGCCAUCAGGAUGUUCAUCUGAUUCAGUUUAUAGCAGGAGGUUUGAUGCUGUUAGAAAGAGAGUUUCUGAUGGGGAAAGCUCUUCAAGAUCAAGGGUCAUAAGUGGGCCCUCCAGUUUAGGUCGUUCACAUACAUUAUUUCCUAGCAUUAGCGGUCCUAGAAUCAGAAGUACUGAUCAAUCAGCUCCUCAACAAACAUUAGGUAGCCUCAGCAGAAAUAUUCAGGAUUCAGCAGUAUCAGUAAGGACAAGACGAACUUCUCGGGACAGUAGGUUCAGGAUGUCUGAGGAAAGACAGGAUGGCAUGCUUUCUCUUCAUGAGCCUACCGUGGGGAAUCAAGAGUCCGUGGGGGUACAUUUUUCAGUGGAAGAGGUUUCUUCAGAAAGCUCAGUAAGACCAUUAUCUGUGGAACUACCUCAUGCAAUUUAUUCAGCUGGUCGUCAGGGGUCAAGUACUCGUACUACAAGGGGAACAUCGAGCUCUCAUUUCGAGGAAACUCCCCUACAAACAUCUCGUGGUCUUUUGCGAGAGAGACGUGGCCACAGACGCAUAAACAUGGAAGGCAUUGCAGAGGUAUUACUAGCGCUGGACAGGAUUGAACAAGAAGCUGAGCUGACUUAUGAGCAGCAAUUGCGUGUAUUGGAGACAAAUCUGUUACUUGGUGCUUUCACCUCCCAAGAUCAGCAUAGAGAGAUGCGGAUGGAUAUUGACAACAUGUCCUAUGAGGAACUAUUAGAAUUGGAAGAAAGAAUAGGCUCAGUAAGUACCGCACUUUCUGAAGAACAGUUUGCCAAAUGCAUCAGAAGGCGUUUAUAUAGACCAGCCGCCACAGAAGUAAAAACAUCGAUCGUAGAUGACAACAAGUGCAGCAUAUGCCAGGAAGAGUUCCUGAAGGGCGAGGAGGUUGGCAGGCUGCGGUGUGAGCACCAGUACCAUGUGUGCUGCAUUCGCCAGUGGCUCCUGCAGAAGAACUGGUGCCCGAUAUGCAAGGCUUCAGCGUUGCGCUCUCUCAACUGAACCUAACCUUGGAGGUUCAGACUUGUAAAGUACUUCCACCUGUCUGAAAGUAGCCUUUGGUGUGUGAACCUGCGAAUAAUCCAGUUUGUAAAUAUCAAAUGGAUUCUGCCCUGAAAAGUCCCCUACCAGAUCCGUGGAGACCUUGCAGAAAAUUUCGA